UUCAACAUUGCCUAAAAGUUUUUUGUGUCAUCAUCUGAUUGUGGUGUUUUCCUUGUGAAGAUAAAGGCCUCGAUCCACAGAAGUGUUUCAGCACAUGCUUCACUGGGAGCCUGUGGGAGCAUUCACGUGUUGGUGGCCAGGGCUUGUGACCAGCCAAAGUACGUCAGUGUGAGGAACGACGGGGUCAGAGCUCUCCUCCUCCCACGAGCUUUCUUUACUUGGAUCUCAUCUUCCUGCCACUCAUUCUCCAUCACUAAGGUCUCUCUCAGGAGUUUCAAAAGGCUUUUGUCCCUCUUGGUUGACGUGAAGUUUAGUGGGGACCUUGUGAGCUGAAGCCCAUGACCCAGCGCUGUGGGAUGCCAUCCUUCAUAUCCCACUCAUGCCUGUAUCCCAUGAGAUGGCAUCUUUCACAUCCCACUCCUGCCCGUAUCCCGUGAGAUGGCAUCUGUCAUGUUUUACUCCCACCCAUAUCUCAUAAGAUGGCAUCUUUCAUGUCUUACUUCUGCCCAUAUCCCAUCAGAUGGCAUCUUUCACUUCCCACUCCUGCCCAUAUCCCAUGAGAUGGCCUCCUUCUCAUCCUGCUCUUGCUUGUAUCCCAUGAGGUGGCAUCCUUCACAUCCUGCUCCUGCCUGCAUCCCAUGAGACAGUAUUUAAACUGGUUAAGUAACCUGGAAAGUGAGGUCUCGCUGUGGGCAUUCACACUGGCAGGGCAAGGCAGGUUGCUGUAAGACAGCAGAGAUGGUGGUGGCAGAGUCCGAGCAGAUAGCACCCAUCUUUGGUCUGCUCACAUAGCAAAAGGUAGAUGGCAUCAGCUUUCCACUUCUGAUAAUCAAGAAUUUAAGGAGAGAAGAGAGUGCAUUCACAGCUUCAUUUUGCUCUAUGUGAUUCUUGUCGCCAAAAGGCUUGAAGGGGAGUCCCGUCUGGAUGGUGCUGAGCCGCAGCUGGAGCCAUGCUUGGCCAGCAAGGGGUGAUUUUUAGGGAGCUGCAGGCUCUGCAUGGGCUGUCUGCAGGCUCUGCAUCUCCCUGCUUGCAUCAGCUCAUGCAGCAGGGACAAGGGGGUGCAAUGCAGCACCAGCUCCCCCAUGCCCUGCAUGUCCCGCAGCACGCGAGGAAGCCCCGUGAUGCCGUUCCAAGCGAGGCUGAUAACGUUUAAUGGAGAAAGGAAAUGAUUUUAGAUCACAGAUUGCACUUUUAUUUUAGGAAUCCUGGCUGCUGUCGUGCAGUGUAUUGCAGCCACAGUCACCAAGGACGUCCUAAAGCAGCGAGUGCUGCGCAUCAGCGGCGAUUCCUUGCUGUGAUUUCUAUCACAUACGCAGUGCAAUGGGCAAUGGGCUUUGCUUUUGAUCUGAUGCUAAAAAGACAGCUACAGCUUCCUAAUAAAGCCAUUGCAUAUCAGUCUCAAGUAAAAAAUACAGAAAGGAUCAGAUCUUGACAUCUGAGUUGUGAAUAUAUACUUGUAAGAAAGGAUUUAUUAAGUGCAGAGUGACAUUACAGAUUAAAGGUUAUUAUUAGUUCAUUCCUAAAAAAUAAUUCUAUGUUGUGAAGGUACAUUUUGCUACAUUGCUGCAUUUUGCCCUUCACCACGUAGAGGAGAAAUAUCUAUCAUCACACUGAAAAAGUGAAAAUUGAUGCUUUUCAAAACCCCUGUGUGAAUACUUGCUUUGGAAAUCCUCAGCCUCUGUAAUGAAAAGGAUUAAACCAAAGCAGAAAUGGAGAAGAGCUACUGCCUACUUUUGACUUAUUUAAAUAUGCACAGAGCUUCCUCCAUUUUAAUCUCCCUCAUCAAAAGAUGGCUGUGUGACUAGAGCUGUCAGCUCCUCGGAAACCAGCAUCAUUUUUGUGUCGGAGAGAGCAGCUGAGCAAGGCUGAUGUGGAGUGGGGACCCCCUUCAGCCAACUAAGCAACCAGGACCAUUCGUAAUCCCUAAGUGCUUCCAGCCUUCCAGCUGAAUACAUUUGGAUUAGUUCUCGUUCCUCCGUGCAGCCCCUGAUUUCAUUAUUCUCUCCUGCGAGCAAAUACACCCACGUUCAGCCCUCUGCAAAGAUGCUGUGCCAGGCUUGGCUUUGUCUGGGAGUAGCAACCGCCGGGUUCGGGGGGAUCUCCGGCUCUGAUGGAUGCUGCCUUCUGUGAUUGACUGGGGAGGGGGUGUCCGUGUGUGCCCGAGGAGCAUUCCCAUCUGACCGGCGACUUCUCCGUGAGGAUUUGUGGACAGUGCUGAGGAGUUUUCCAAAAUGCCUGAAGCCAACUAUUUAUUGUCUGUAUCUUGGGGUUAUAUUAAGUUCAAGAGGAUGCUGAACCGGGAGCUGACACACCUUUCCGAGAUGAGCCGCUCCGGCAACCAGGUGUCCGAGUACAUUUCCAACACUUUCCUGGACAAGCAGAAUGAUGUGGAGAUUCCUUCUCCCACCCAGAAAGACAGAGAAAAGAAGAAAAAACAGCAGCUCAUGACACAGAUCAGCGGAGUGAAAAAAUUAAUGCAUAGUUCAAGCUUAAAUAACACCAGCAUUUCGCGAUUUGGUGUGAAGACAGAAAAGGAAGACCAUCUGGCCAAGGAACUGGAGGAUCUGAAUAAGUGGGGUCUCAACAUCUUCAAUGUGGCCAGGUAUUCCCACAACAGGCCGCUCACCUGCAUUAUGUACGCGAUAUUUCAGGAGCGAGAUCUACUGAAAACAUUCAAGAUCUCAUCAGACACUUUCGUGACGUACAUGAUGACACUGGAAGACCACUACCACUCUGAUGUGGCUUACCACAACAGCCUCCACGCUGCUGAUGUUGCCCAGUCCACGCACGUCCUGCUCUCUACCCCCGCACUGGAUGCUGUCUUCACUGAUUUGGAAAUCCUUGCUGCAAUCUUUGCAGCUGCAAUUCAUGAUGUGGAUCACCCCGGGGUCUCCAAUCAAUUUCUUAUUAACACAAAUUCUGAACUAGCCCUGAUGUACAAUGAUGAAUCUGUCUUGGAGAACCACCAUCUUGCUGUGGGUUUCAAACUGCUUCAAGAGGAGCACUGUGACAUCUUCCAGAACCUGACCAAGAAACAGCGUCAGACGCUCAGGAAGAUGGUCAUUGACAUGGUGUUGGCGACAGAUAUGUCCAAGCAUAUGAGCCUGUUAGCUGAUCUGAAGACUAUGGUGGAAACCAAGAAAGUGACCAGUUCAGGAGUCCUCCUUCUGGACAACUACACAGACAGAAUACAGGUUCUCCGAAAUAUGGUACAUUGUGCAGACUUGAGUAAUCCCACAAAGUCUCUGGAGCUGUACCGGCAGUGGACGGACAGGAUCAUGGAGGAGUUCUUCCAGCAGGGAGACAAAGAGCGGGAGAGAGGGAUGGAAAUCAGCCCAAUGUGCGACAAACACACAGCGUCAGUGGAAAAAUCACAGGUGGGAUUCAUCGACUACAUUGUCCAUCCGCUCUGGGAGACGUGGGCUGACCUGGUGCAGCCCGAUGCCCAGGACAUCCUGGACACGCUGGAGGACAACAGGAACUGGUACCAGAGCAUGAUACCUCAGAGCCCAUCUCCUCCACUGGAGGAGCGGGGCAGGGACUGCCAGAGCCUGAUGGAGAAGUUCCAGUUUGAACUGACGCUGGAGGAGGAGGACUCGGAUGGACCGGAGAAGGACGGCGAGAGCAUCGGCUACUUCAGCAAUACAAAGACACUCUGCGUGGCCGAGCCAGGGGAAGAGGAUUCACAGAGGGAGGCAAACAUAGAGAUUGUGACAGAAGAUACAUCUCCUGUGGACACAUAAUGUCCUGCACCCGUGUGAGUGGAUUUCAAACACUUGAGGAGCAUGCAGCAGUCUGACGGACUUGCCUGCAGCCUGGGUCUGAGGCCUGUGUCUAACACGGGCUGAAAGAUCUCCCCAGCUACUUGAGAUUGGAGUCAGGGUUAAAGAUCGUGUAGUGAAUGAUUGCUCAGGAAAUUAACAGGUGAUUUACGUUAUGGUUUUAAUCCUUGUCAGCUCCCAGCAUCCUGUUGUCCUGGAGCUGACUCGGGUCGUGACUGAAGAGUAAAUGACACACAACUGAGAGAUUUUAUACUGUUAGCUUUGGAAUUUAUACCAGUUAGACUGAUAGAAACUACUGAUUAAUAACUCUCCAUAUAAAAGCUGUCCACCUGACCACCUGUCUGCAGACCUGUGUGCCUUCUUUGUAAACACUUCCAUGUCUUUUCAAGAGUCUCUUAACGAAAUACACGGAGUUUAGUAUCAAAAGCGACACAAAAAGUGUUUCAGAAUUGACGGAUUCCUUUUUGAUUCUUCCUGUUACAAGAAGCAGUCUUCCUUUUUUUCAUGGCAAUACCUGUCACUUUAUUGCAGUUCAUCACUUUUACAGACUAAACAGAAGGGAAACCCCCCUCUGUUUUGCAUUGCUGCACCUUUAAUCGUCCUCUUGCUACCCCAGGCGACCCAUUCAAAGUCACUUCAUGCACCAUCUCCGUUCGCUUGCUAGGAAUAACAGUGGGUUUUCCUCCACGGGAUGUUCUUUUCUGUCGUGAGCAGGAUAGAGGGUAGUUUGUUGCAGUGAUGAGGCAGCGUGUGACGUGACGUGACGUGACAUGACGUGACAUGACAUGACGUGACACGCGUUCCCCCUCAGCAGCUCCUCGGCUCAGUGGAAUUUGCACACUCGGAUCUUUGUGUUUCUCUCUCCUCCCCUCCACGUCUCCUAGGUUUAGGUCCACCGUCGUCCUCCUCCUGCACUGCCUUGAGCUCUAACACCUCCAUUACUGUUUAUAACAGUGUAUUUAUUACGUAAUGUAUAUACUGUAAUGUUUUGUAAGUUAUUAAUUUAUAUAUGAAUUGGCAUCGCCUCUCGCGGCGAUGUUCAUGGGGUAGAAAACUCGGAACAAGAGUUGCCUUUUUUUUUUCCCCCUCUUCCUUCUAACCUUUUAUAUUGCAUAAAAUACACGAACCUGAACAUAGCUGAAGAGACAGACGCAACCCAGGGAGGGCAUUCGUGUGGCAGCCGCCUGUGGGGGGUUCAUCUUCACAGACCCAGACCCCAUGGCAAUGAAUGGAAGUGCUGGAAAAACCUGGAGAAGGGAACCUAAGCAAAGAAACCCCCACAACGGGGCUGGCUUUUAAAUGUCCCCUUCCAACUUCUGAACAACCCAAUGUGAAUUUCUAUGACACAAAAACCAAUGUGAACUGAUGUAAUAAUUGUGCUGUGAAACUUCUUCUGACAAAGCUUGUCCCGGCAAUCGUGAGCCGUGUCAAAUCUCAGUUUGUAAAAUAAUGUUUCAAGCUUUUGGUCCAACUUGUGACUAACUAGUUAAUGAAAAUAGCACAGUUGUGCAUGAUCAAUGGGUUUGUAUGUCUGUUGAACACUGCAUUGUUCCAGGUGGUUAUUUUAUUGUCCCCCC